GUUGACGCGUUUUUCCUCCAUUUCCUUCUUCCCUAGAUUACCCAGAUCUACGACGAGUCUCUGCUAUGAAUUAAUUCUCAUAUCUCAAAAUCAUACACCGUUUUCAUUUCAUUCUAACUAAUCUUUCCAGAACCCUCGAAUCUCUUCUUUCGAACGUGCAAAGAUUUUUGACUUGACCGAAUGCUGUUGCGGUUGAAAUCGGUGUGAGAAAUAGGGUUUCGACGAUGCCUUCGCUUCCCUUUGGACUCCUUCUACGCCAUUUGGUCCCUUCCUUGGCCCUAUUCCACGGUGGAUCCUCCUCUCAUCGUCUCAAACAUCUUGAAAAAAGUGAUCGGCGUUGUAGUCUUAGUUAACAUUACGAGCUUUUCUUUCUUCUGUUUUUUUUUUCCCGGCGUUCGUGGUUAUGUUGUUUUGAAAACAAAUACCUGUUUCGGUUUCAUCUAUUUUUGGCUGACGAAUUUGAGGAUCGAGGUGUUUUUGUUUCACUUGGUGUUUGCGUUGACUUCAAGGAACGUGCAAAUUUUGCAGCUGGAAACGCCGUCGUUUAAGUGCCUUUAUACAAUUGAUGGACACGCGCUCUCCCGUUAAUGCUGUGCAUGACAACAUCAUAAGUAAGCUGGAAGUUACUUUUAGUGAGUCAUUACAUAUACAUGAUGCUCAGAAUUCGGAACAUGCAUCUGACGGGGAUCAUAUUGGUAAUUGUGAUGUGGGAGAGCGGAACUUACGCGAAGGUUUUGAACUGCAAGAAACCAAACUAGAGAUAAAGUGCUUGAAAGAGUGUUCGACUUUUCCUUAUCCUGAUAUGAUGCUGCCUUCAAGCUCUUCUGACGAGGAGGCUGAUGCAUCGUCACCCUCUAAGCAGUCUCCACGCCAAAACUACUCGUGCUCAGUAUCUUUGCCAGCACCUCCAAAGCUUGUAUCUGCCAUGAAAGGUAGCCGCGAGAAAGAGCGGGGAUCACAAAUGAAAUUGACAGUGAAGUGGGCCCCUGAUGUAUAUGAUCCGGUACCUACAUUGUUAUCACAUACUGUUAAAAACAAGAAACAGCAAAAACCCAGGAUCAAGAAGAGUGAAAAGAAAAAUGGAAAGAAGGGCCAGAAGGUCAGUUACUCUAAAAGAGGCAGCAGCAAAGAUAAACAGUAUCGAAAUAGGUGGUUUUAUUCUCAUGAUGAAGUGUUUGAAGCUUCCUCUGAUAAUGCUGCUAACCAUGAUUCCUACUGUGGAACUAGCUACUACUUAGAAACAUCACUCACAAAGGUUCACUGGUCGUCUAUUGGAGAAGCGCUGUAACAUGCUUGGUUGUGUAUACAGAGACUGCAUAAAUAGAUAAUUUUCUGUUAUGUUGUAAUAUCAAUAGAUUGAUCAAGGCUGUUAGAACAUCCAAUGUGCCACUAAAAUCAGCCUAAUAAUGUACGGAUACAUACCCCUUUUUUGUCAAAUAAUCUUAAAGGCUUCUAGGUUGCAGUGCUA